AGCACAUUCAGUUACAACAACGUGGCCUUUGAGGGCGAAAUCAUCACAGAGCCCAGCAAGCGAUCCAGUCUUGUGGAAGUCGUCAAUCAAAUCAUGAGAAACAGCGCUGUGGUGGAGAUGGACGAGGACAACAGCCACCCAUACGGUCGUGACAACAGCCUGACGGACCUCAUGACAGGAAAACACAGGGACAACUACAAAGUGGAUGCUGGCAAAAUGAUUGUCUGGUUAGCUCUAGCAAUCAUGAUUGUCAGCCUGGCUGGAGGGAUCAUUUUCAUGUCUGAAACAUACAACAUGAGCCACAGAGAUCAAGAUGUCAUCAUUCCCACAUUCGACACUACCACUCCUGAGCGUCACAACUAA